CUUUACCCUUCUAAAAGAUUUCAUUUCCAAAGAUCGAAAUUUUCGAACGAGCGAAGACUACUGUGAAGAUCGAUCGGAACGAGUUGCAGAGUACUGGAAACUGAACGGGUUUCGGCAUUAAUGGCGGAAGGGCAGAGAUCUCCACAGUCUAGCGGAGAUGGAGAGAGUGUGAAGCUCUUCGUUGGUCAGGUCCCCAAAAACAUGUCUGAAUCUCAACUUCUUGCAAUGUUCAAGGAAGUUGCUAUUGUGGACGAGGUCAACAUCAUCAAAGACAAGACUACUCGAGCUUCCCGAGGUUGUUGUUUUGUGAUUUGUCCGUCGAGACAAGAAGCAGAUAAGGCAGUCAGUGCGUGUCAUAACAAGCGAACGCUUCCAGGGGCAUCAAGUCCAUUACAAGUGAAGUAUGCAGAUGGCGAGUUGGAAAGGCUAGAACACAAGCUUUUUGUUGGCAUGCUUCCAAAGAAUGUCUCUGAUGCUGAAGUUGCUGCUUUAUUUUCUAAAUAUGGAACCAUAAAAGAUUUACAGAUUCUGCGAGGUUCUCAGCAAACGAGCAAAGGGUGUGCUUUUCUGAAGUAUGAGAUGAAAGAACAAGCUCUUGCAGCACUGGAAGCCAUCAAUGGGAAGUAUAAGAUGGAGGGUUCAAGUGUCCCUUUAGUUGUCAAAUGGGCAGACACAGAAAAAGAAAGGCAAGCUCGGAGGGCUCAAAAAGCUCAGGCCCACUCUUCUAAUGUGGCAAAUAUUGAUUCUACACAGCAACCUUCUUUAUUUGGGGCCUUGCCUAUGGGUUACAUUCCUCCAUAUAAUGGAUUUGGUUAUCAGGCACCUGGAACUUAUGGUCUUAUGCAGUACCCCAUGCCCCCAAUGCAGAAUCAACCUGGCUUCCACAAUAUGGUUCCGCCUGUAAACCAAGGAAAUGCAUUGCGUGUCACACCUGAUCUUGGCUCUGGUAUGGCUCCUAGAAGUUUUGCUACAAUGCCCUCAGCUAGUUAUAUAGGCUCUGCAUAUCCAGCAAUGCCAGGGCUUCAGUAUCCUAUGGCCUAUCCUGGUGGAAUGAUGAAUCAUAGGCCAUUGAGUAGUUCUCAUGGUUCUAUGCCACCUUCAAUUUCAAAUAGUAACUCUGCAACUUCUUCAAGUGUUGGUACAAAUUCUGGGGCUCAGGUUGAAGGUCCUCCUGGUGCUAAUUUAUUUAUUUAUCACAUCCCUCAAGAAUUUGGUGAUCAAGAGCUUGCAAAUGCCUUUCAACCAUUUGGUAGGGUCUUGAGUGCGAAGGUCUUUCUUGACAAAGCAACUGGUGUUAGCAAGUGCUUUGGCUUUGUCAGUUAUGACUCCCCAGCAGCAGCUCAAUCUGCCAUUAAUACGAUGAAUGGAUGCCAGUUGGGUGGUAAGAAAUUGAAAGUACAGCUUAAGAGGGACAACAAACAGAACAAGCCUUACUAAUAUGGAAGGUAGUUACAGAUGGGAGCAGGAUUUACUUCCAUAUUUGGUAUCACACAACUUUGGUCUUUGGGAGUUAAUCAGAAAGUGUGGGAUGGAUUGGAGAUAAUUAAUUGUUACAUAUAGUAAUCCAUCCUGUCAUGUCUUAAGGUAGGAACUGAUUGUUGCAUUGCAGAAUUAGAUACUCUGAAUCUUGUUGUCAUUGGUGGUUCUGCUCCACUAAAAAAAUUGUAAUUUAUGUACAAUUGGAAGUUCAUUUAGACAUUUUUUAUUAAUUUAUUGAUUUUUCUUGCAAGUACAUUCUUGGUGCUAGAAUUCUGGGGGCAGUGAAAUGUAUAUACAUGGAUCUUUUGCAGUCUUUUGAAGAAUCUAUUUUAUUUGCAUUGAUUACUGACCAACAAUAGCUCUAAACCAUCAGAACUUCUUUUUGGAAUUUAUUAUAACCUUCUCAUGCAGUUUGGAAGUCUGUUUUUCUCCUAUGUUGUAUGUGAGAUCAUGGUGCAUUCUUCUUGUUGUGUUUCCAUCUUCCAUUGUGUGAGCCUUUCUUACCCAAAUCUAUAAGAUGUGUAAGUGAAGUUGUUGGAGAUUUUGAGUAGCCACACACAGGCGUCCUUCCUUCCUGUUCAAGCAAUGUCCUUAAAUGGGUGUUUCAAAGUCUAAAGUUGUGUGAAGUGCUUUAUUCAUCGUGUUGUUUCUGUUGAAGACACAUUUCAGAGUUCAGUGACAUUUCAGGAUGGAGGAGAUGCUUUACUUGGGUUUUUCUAAUGCAUGAUGAAGGGCCGUGCAUUACCGCUUAGCCUAAAAGCUCGAACUGGUGGGUAAGGGCAACGAGUAGAAAACUGCUUGUCGCUGAAGAAGCUUUAGUGGAAGAUACGUUCCUGGAUAGAUUGGAAUGACAAUUGGCAAAACAGUAAUUACAUUGCUAACUCAGCUGUGUUGAGCUGAGGCCUGACCCUUGGAGUGCAGAAACAAUAAACAGGGAGCAUGUGGUCCAAGGUUAUGCUUGUGCUUUCACUUAUUCUGAGGAUGAAGCUGCUCCUAGGUUCAAGUGUGACUAAAGUUGACUGUAAGAAAUACUCUCAUGGACGAAAUUGGUUUGUGGCAUCCGAAGUGAAUAAGCUUGUCCAUUUGGGGUGAUGUAAGUAUGUAACACAACCAUAAGGAGCAAAGAUGUGCCAUAAGUUCUUGAAGUUCUAUAAAUGUUCCAUGAAUCCCUUAUCCUUUCCUGAUAGUUAAAUGGUAAAAGCACCUUUUCUUAUUGAAAAAACUACAAGUUUUACUUGUGAAGAAAGAGAGAUCAGAGAGUCAUCCAUGGGCAAUCUAGAGGACUGGUUUUGCGACUGUCAAGUGCUUUUCACAUUCAUAAUUGGUUUCCUUACACCUAAUGGUAUGGAAGUUGAAACUGAAUCUGAAGGUGUUGGUGAUUAUUCCUUCCAAGUUGGAAUGAUCAUGCAGGUGGCUUCUAGUCUUCUACAGUUUGCAAGGCAGUAACAGGUGGUACAGCAGGUGAUGAUGAUGCUGCAGCUGGGGAAGAUGGCAACAGACCAAGUUUUAUCUACACGUGUCCUGCAGAUCAAGUUUGUUGUAUAGUGUGUAUGUUGUCUUGUUAGAUCCAUGAUCACAUCAAGGACUACUCCCAGUAUAAGACUUUUCAGUAUCAAUCUUGGAUGCUACAAUCAUUUGCCUUAGCUCUUGAUGUCGAUUUGAAAUGCUCUGCUUCAUUUGUCUUUUA